GUGCUGGCGCGGCGCACGCGAAGGAAAAAGGACAUUUCUUGGUUCAGUCGGCGGCGAGCGGCUGGGCUGAGACGAUGGGGCAUCGAUGGGCCGUCCGAAGGUCUAUCCGGAGACGGACGAGGAGGAGCGGGUAGUGGGGUGGAAGGCGGACCUGGUGGCCAAGGUGCUGGCCGCCGUGUCCGCCGUCAGCUUCUCGCUGUUCGUGCUUGCCCUGAUGGCGGUUACUGACCCGCUCACCGCCACCGUCCUCGGACACUUCCGCACGCACACGUGCGUCCUCGCGCAGUCCUACGUCCACUCGGGCUCGACGCGCUGCCAGGGCUGGUCCUCCUGCAAGAACCUGUGCGCCGACCCGCCCGUCCUCUACACCUGCUUCCACCUCCUCGUCAAAGUCUACCCCCUGGACCACCUCAACGACACCCCGACCACAGUUCAAAAUUUUCAUCAGACCGCUGUUGUCAGGGAAGCUGUGGGGAACCUGAGUGCGUUCGACGUGGACGAGUUCGAACCUGGCAUGAGCCAAGAAAUGUCAGCCCGAUUGCAACUUUUCCCACCGAGCCUGGAGAUUUUCGGUUUCCGGAUUUACGGGGAUGCGUCAGGGAAGCAAAACUCGAGUGACCCUGAGGAGGAUCAGGUCGCAGGUCGGACGGUGCGCUUUUUCGUGAACGCGGCAGGGUGCGGCUACGACCUGAACUGCUCCGAGUUCCAGCAGCGCUUCGGCCGCGUCGGUGCCAAAUUUCCGUGUCAGUACAGCCGCGUGUUGAACCGGACAAUGCCCGUGGACGUCGACCCUGAUGUCGACGAUCCGUGGCUGGUGUCGCUGCUGACGCCGGCCGUGCCGGCGCUGCUGUCGCUGGCGUCGCUCGCCUAUCUCUGCGUCAGGGGCCACUGCGACCUGCCGCGCCUCAUCCCGCGCAACGUCCUCAUCAAGAUGAUCAGGCGCAGACGCACCAAGGUCCGCAAGCAGCUCAGGUUGAUGCAGAAAAGGGGCAGCAUGCGCAGCAACCGCAGCUUCAAGAGUCUCAAGAGCUCGGCGCCAAACACGCCGCAGAGCCUUGAGUGGAAGAAGCGGCCGCUGCCCAACAUCACCGUCGACGGCGCCGAAAAGGUUGAGGAUGACCUUGUCGUGCAGCUCGUGUGAGAAACGAAAAUUUUUGAACUGUCGACUUUAAGACUCCUAAAUUCAGAAAGUGCAGUGAACAGUUUGAAUAAAUUUUUCAGGCCGGAUCAGAAGAAAAUUAUUAA